UUCUCCCAUAAUGCAUCACUUCGAGCUAGCCAACUACACCGAACCACAACCUAACAACUAUCCUCGUUGGAGACUUUCUCCUGGAACCAAACUAUCUGACGUUAAAUUUGCCAACCGCCAAUAAAAAUCCGAAGAAGAAGAAAAUAACGUUAAAUUAUACAUUUAACGGUGAACUUGUUCAUUCAUUUUGCUGAAUUUUAACUGUUAACGUUAGUUUGCUAAUGCUAAUUACCUGUCAACCCAGCUAGCUAGGUUAACAGCAUACAGUUAGGACAGCUAACUAUUUUAAAGUAAUAAACGUGAAGAUUUAAAGUUAAAUAAUGUCUGGACCAAAUGGAGAUCCAGACAUCCCAAUUGACGAUGCUAUUAUCAACGACGAAGAUGAAUUCGAGGACGAAGAGUAUGAAGCCAUCAACUCCAUGCUAGAUCAGAUCAACUCCUAUCUCGAUGACCUGGAAGAUCGGAAUGAUUCACUUAAUGGCAAACUGCACGAGCUUCUGGAGUCAAACCGGCAAGCCCGGCUGGAGUUCAGGGCCCAACUGCUGGGUUCCCAGAGCCAGGAGGAACAUUGUCCUGCAGACGGAGACUCCUCCUCAAACAGCAAGGAAUACUUAAACAAGGACAAAGGAGAUUGCAAAUGAGUGAUGAUGAGUGUGUGUGUGGUGUGUGUGUGGGGGGAGGAGAUUGAGUUCAGUAAAAUACAGGGAUGGAAAUAUUUAUGAAAGUUGACUCGACUCCUUAUCUGUCUGUUGAAUUAAUGACCUUUGAUCUGCGUCGCCCAUCAAUUUUCUUCUGUGAAUUUACACCCCCAUCAGCAGAUCUAGUUUUCCCUCUUUUUGAACCGUGAUGUUUGUUUCCUAAGCAGAUUGGAGUUUAUUGAUCUCUAGCAGCUUCUUAAACAAGUUUCACACCAUAGUCACCUGGGACUAUUGCAGUAAAAUCUAAGUCAUGUGUUGACAUUUAAAAAGCAAUGUCCCCUCUUUUUUUUUGUUAAGGUCCAAGUGGGACAUCACAGAACAAAUUCUAAAGCCAGGAUUAAAAAAAAAAAAAAAAAAAACAGAUGCACAUGAUCAUGUCAAUGACCAGUAUAACAUGCUAUCUGUGGUUACCCAUCCUGUCAAACACAUUACUGCAGACUCUCCAAUGAUCUUCAGUAUGUCCUCAUUGCCCAUAGGGCUGUGGUGUGUUGAAAUUGAGAUUUGUAAUAGCUUUUGUGUCUGUUCCUGUUUAUUUUAUCCUAAAAAGUAACAUGUGUAACACUACAGAUGUCUACCAGUGUAUUAAUGUUUGAUCUGCAGCAUGACUGUAUAACUGUCAAUCUGCUGUCCUGUUCAUUAUCAUUAAUCUGUUUAGGAUAAGUGAGCUGAUAAAUGUUUGUGUAUAUUAAGUGUUAGCCCAAAAUGUCAAAAUGAAGUCAACAAAGUCUGGGAAUUGUCAGACAUUUUAAUAUAAAUUAAAAUGACUGAAAACAAAAAUCCAAAAAUACAUAAAACAUCCAGCAGUUAGAAAACAUCAUCUGUUUGUUCACCUUCAUUUAGUCAGUAGCUAAAUAAAAAUAAAAACAUACAGCUUUGUUUGAAAUUA